GCCUCGACCGGAAUCAAAGACGAUAACUUCCUAUAAACAUCAAACUCCGCAGAUAUUCAACAGCAAUCUUCAAGAUUGCUCAAGAUUGAAUCUUGAUCUCCUUCCGCGUUCACUCUGUCUCCAUGACCGAGCAAGUGACGCAUGUAAACACAAACCCAACCACUUUCACAGAGAACAUCGUCCCGGGCCAGGCUCGGUGUGUAGACACAAGUACCCGGGGAGAACACGGGACCAGAUGUGUGUCCUGAGCUUAUGACGUUGGCCCGAACCCAGGCUCCCCAGGAGCCGACCUCUGGAAGGAGACCAGUCCGGGAGCGAAGCGGCACCGGGCCCUACAGCAUGUCAGUGUUCAUCAUUUUCUUCUUGUGUCUCUCGGCCACCGCUGGCGAAGACUCUACUGCUAUCACUACAUCCAGCGACCAAUCAGAGCUCCUUUGUCAUGACUGGGGGAUGAGCGUGGAUGCGGUGCGUGUUAUAAACGGAGAAGCUGGUUGGCUGUUCUGUCCCCUUUUCUCCCACUCGCUCUACAACUACAGCUCCGCCCACAGCAGUGGUCUCUCCCUCUUCUGGUACCACCUCCCCCCUGAGCAGGACCUGGAACGUCCAAUCAAAUACAGCCAGAGGGUGAGUAAGGAUAGAGAAAGUCUGUGGUUUCAACCAGCCAACGAAAACGACACCGGACAGUACAUCUGCACGUUACGGAACAGGACAUCCUGCACAAAGAUAGCCAUGUCCCUAGGGGUGGUGUCGAGUGGGACUGACUGUCCGCAUCUGGUUGCCAUGGUGCCACUUAAGGUGUAUAUACCGGUCCAGGAGGGGACGGAAAUGAGUUGCCCGGGCCUCGAGCACGCCGCCAAGAUGGCCGACAGUGCCCCCUCGGUCAGCUGGUACCAUAAAUGCAGCAAGUACCCGUUCUGGGACAACCAGCGCGAGGUGAAGGGGGACAAACUGUUUGUGCACAAUAUGGGGCUGAUGCACGAGGGCCUGUACUACUGCCGGGUUAGCUACACCCGCAAAAGCCUCCCACUCAACUUCACCAGGUCCCUCAACGUCACCGCUGUCUCCCCCAGUUUUACUUCCAAGGUGCCGGUCAUUCUGAUCCCAAACAAAGAACUCAAGUUCCCCGUCAGACUGGGGAGGGAGGCCAAGCUGGUGUGCCGGGUGACCUUCCCCUUCGUGGAGAACAGUCCCCGGGACAUCUGGUGGACCGUGGACGGGAAAACCCUGGACUCGCUGACCCACACCCGCUUCUCCGAGACCAACCGUCGGGUAGAGGGGGAGACCUAUGGGGAUCAGACGGUGGUGAGAGAGCUGCUGUUGACGGAUUUGCAGAGAGAGGACCUGAUGAAAGAGUUCAACUGCUCUGUCAAGAACAACAAGGGGUUCUCCACCAAGAGAGCCCAGCUCCAAGAGGAGGCCUACUCCCCCUCGGUAGAGCUGGGUUGUGGUCUGGGGGGCACUCUGCUGCUGAUGCUGGUCCUCUUCCUGGUCUACCACGUGUUCUGGCUGGAACUCCUGCUGCUCUACCGUUCCUGGUUUGGAACAGACGAGCGCUACACAGAUGAGAAGGAGUUUGACGUGUACAUCUCGUAUGUGCGUGACGGCGAGGAGGAGCAGUUUGCUGUGAGCACGCUGCGCCACGUCCUGGAGAAUCACCUGGGCUACUCGGUCUGCAUCUUCGACCGCGACAGCCUUCCAGGCGGGACCAUCACCGAUGAGACGCUGAGCUUUGUGGGUCGCAGUCGUCGCCUGCUGGUGGUGCUGAGCCCGGGCUUCGCCUCGCGGGGGACCCAGGCCCUGCUGGAGCUCAAGGCCGGACUCGACCACAUGGCGCUGGGGGGACACCUGCGGGUCAUCCUGGUGCAGUACCGGCCCCUGAAGGGGCAGGCCUGGGUGGGGGAGCUGCGGCGUGCUCGGGGGGUGCUGGCGGUGCUACGCUGGAAGGGGGACAAGUCCAAGGAGCUCACCUCCCGCUUCUGGAAGCGUCUGCGUCUGGAGCUACCCCUGCAGAGGAGAAAGGACUCUGAGCUGGGGACUGCCAGGACCUAUCAGAGCCAGAGUAGCACCAGCUCCCAAACCGGUCUGCUCAGCCCCGGGGGGCUGGCUGUCCACAAGGCUCAGUACGGUGGAGGGAAGCUGUAGCCCCCCCCCCCUCACCAUGACGUCAUGACGUUCACCUCCCCUCACAGCUGGAGCCCCCCCACCAUGACGUCAUGAUGUUCACCUCCCCUCACAGCUGGAGCCCCCCCACCAUGACGUCAACACGUUCACCUCCCCUCACAGCUGGAGCCCCCCCACCAUGACGUCAACACGUUCACCUCCCCUCACAGCUGGAGCACCCCCACCAUGACGUCAACACGUUCACCUCCCCUCACAGCUGGAGCACCCCCACCAUGACGUCAACACGUUCACCUCCCCUCACAGCUGGAGCCCCCCUCACCAUGACGUCAACACGUUCACCUCCCCUCACAGCUGGAGCACCCCCACCAUGACGUCAACACGUUCACCUCCCCUCACAGCUGGAGCACCCCCACCAUGACGUCAACACGUUCACCUCCCCUCACAGCUGGAGCACCCCCACCAUGACGUCAACACGUUCACCUCCCCUCACAGCUGGAGCCCCCUCACCAUGACGUCAACACGUUCACCUCCCCUCACAGCUGGAGCACCCCCACCAUGACGUCAACACGUUCACCUCCCCUCACAGCUGGAGCACCCCCACCAUGACGUCAACACGUUCACCUCCCCUCACAGCUGGAGCACCCCCACCAUGACGUCAACACGUUCACCUCCCCUCACAGCUGGAGCCCCCUCACCAUGACGUCAACACGUUCACCUCCCCUCACAGCUGGAGCACCCCCACCAUGACAUCAUCACAUUCAACUUGUCCUGUGCCAUCAAACCUCCUGUUGAAUAUAUUAUAUAUAGAUUGAGUAUUGACAUGAGUUUCGAGAUGAGUAUUGAGCCGAGUAUUGAGCUGAGUAAUAAGCUUAGAGUGUUCUAGUACUAAACACAUCAUGUACCAAACGACAUUUACAUCCACUUGAAUAGUGGACUCCAUCAAUGAUGGUGCGAUGACUUCCGUUUAAUGUAAAUGUAUUUUUAUGGAGUUAACGUAGAAGAAUAUGUCUUCUCUGUGAGCCAAGCCGUUAUAUGUUUUUAUCCAGCAAUUCUUGAAAUAUAUUUUUUAUACAACAAGCAUGUUUUAAACUGAAGGUGGGAAACACAUUCACCUCUUCUAGAGUGAGGCGCUCUUUGACACAUGUGGUAUGACGGCAGGGGAGUUACCCCAGGGUUGGUUCAUUCAGUACCGGUACCCAGUACUGCUUAGAAGCUAGUAGCGGUACCCAGUACCAAUUAUCUAGUACUGGAUGGCCAAACCAGAGAGACCCCAGAGGUCAAUGAACAAAACCCACUGCUGCUAUCUGAGGUUUUUGUCUUGAAGCAUACAUAAUUUAUUCGAAAGGCUCCGGCUAAGAGAAUUGUGUAGUAUUAUCAUGCUAUUUUUGAAUAUAUGUUUGCUUCAUAUUAUAUUUUUUGAUGUAAUUUACGUUGUCCAUUCUUCCAAAUACAUCUUAUUUUGCUAUACCCUGCUGGACUCAUUUCUU